AUGCAUACUUUUGCAGGUUUUGCAAACUAUCUAUAUUAUUUGUUAUUGAAUUUCAUCGUUAUUACGUUGUUGGGAUUAUGGAUGAAUGAGUAUUCAUUAACAGAAUUUUUAAUUGAAGCUCUGAUGUAUGUUUGGGGUAGGAAAAAUGAAUAAAGACCAUUACUAUUCUUAUUUUUCAUUCAAAUCCAGGCAUAAUACAUGGUUUGGUUUCUACUUUUCUUGAAUCUGAUAAGUGGAAAAUCAAUACAAUCUAAUUUGGUAGGAGUUAUGAUUGGACAUACUUUUUAUUACUUUGCUUUCAUUGUUCCAAAUUUACCAAGAUUCAAAGGAUUAUAAUUAUUAUCUACUCCAAAAUUCUUAAUAAACAUUUGUAAAUACUUUGAGAGGUAGAAUCAACUAUAAUGA